GGGGCCGGGAGCGCGGCCGAAGGACGGGGCGUCCUCCAAACGCGGCCACCUGACGAACGGGGCGGUGGCGCGGAGGCGGCGCCACUGCCCUGGCAGCCCGGCUGCACUUUGCCCCCGCGCGGCCCGACCUCCCGUGCGCCCCGACGCCGGCGAGACCCUCCGAGGAGCCCCGCGCUCCGGAUCCGCGGGGACCGCGGGGACAUAUGGCCCGCCGCGCGCCGGACACCCCGGGCCCCAUAGCGUCCACACCCGCGAUGGCCACGCAGCUGCCCCAGCGAUUAGGUACAAACAACACAUGUGAAGAGUGGUGAAAGGGGACAUUGAUUACAGAAGUGGCCUGGAGAGGGAAAGCCCUGGUCAACAUCACGUGGUCAACCUUCAUUGUUUUCCAAAGAUGCUGAAGUAGUCUUUGCUAGUACUGCUUUCCUUCACUCAGCCAAAGUGCUAACAUGGGCUGCAUGAAAUCAAAGCAAACCUUCCCAUUUCCUACCACAUUUGAGACUGAGAAACAACAUGACAGCGAAGAAACCUUUUUGCCAGAAGACAGCUUUCUACCUAGGAUACCUGCUCCAGGCACCGUCCGAGAGGAAGUGAAGGAACCCCCAAUGCCCAGUGCUGAGGUCACUGAAUAUGCAGAGCGCCUGUCCCAGGAAAUCCUUCGUGACGCCUUGCAGCAGUGGGCACGCAAUAACAUCAAGUACUAUGACAUUCCCUACAUUGAGACUGAGGGCCCUGACACUGUAGGUUAAUGACACUUCCUUGAACUUUCCAUGUAGUUGGUGCUAGUUCAAAUACAUAAGACGAAAGCAAAACCUGGUGUGAGUAAGUGCAAAUAACUCCAUCUGGAUGUAAAAACACAUCUAUGCUAAUGUCACUAGUGUAGGAAUACCUAAGAUGAAAUGUGCUUUAAGCAGUUAUAAGUUAGCAGCAAUUUGUAUUUGCUCAGUUUGAAUUCUGGCCAUGGAAGGGCUGGAUGAAGGUCCUUUGGCACUCUAUCGGUAGUAUGUCAUACAUGGCAUCACCAAAGAAAAAAAAGUGCCCCAAGUUCCACAUGGUUAAAGGAUUGCCUUUAAAAUAACUAUUUCUGUUAAUUUAUACCAAAAAAACCCAGACAUGCAAAGGGUUUUUUCAAAAUGCCUUGGUAAAGAAAUGGCUCUCAAGCCACGGUGAUCCCCCAUGGGCCUUGUUUGUCAAAACCAUUUGUGUCAAAGAUCCCCACUUCUUGACAUCAAUGACCUAGGAUUAGAAAACCACCUGUGUAGAAGAGGUCCAUCCUGAACCCUAUUCUGAAUGAAGGAUUUAUUUUUGUAGAUGAAAAACAUAACUACCACAUUGAGCCUCAGGCCCUAACAACAGCUAUUAUUAGAUGACUUAGAUUUCGCAUUUAAAGCCAUCUUAAAAAGAUACAACUUACAGAAGUUAUGACAUUGUUUAUUAUAUUGAAUUAAGCCCUCAAGUACCUUUAAAAAAAUAACAAAAGCCUGGUCUGGGUCUGGAGGAAUGGCUCAAGUGGUACAGCACCUGCCUUGAAAGUGUGAGGCCCUGAGUUCAAGCCCCAUUACUGCCAAAAAAAACCAAGCCUGGUCUGCAAGAUAUAAAGCAGAGCCUGCCAGGGUUAACUGUGAAGCUUUACUGUUCAGAGAUGCUGGUACAGGGGGUACUUGUUCCCAGCAAUUUUGUGGUGAAUCAUCAUUCAGAUUACUGUGGGAUCAGACAAUACAUGAAGAUUUGCAGUUGUGUUACAAAACAAAAUACAACACUCCUGCAAGGGUAAUAUUCAUGUGUUGAUUUUUGUCAUGUAUUACACUAUUUUCAUAAGUUAGGUG